UUCAGUGCUUCAGUGAUACUGCGUGUCAGCGGUGGACAACGGUGCAAAAAUAAGCUCUAGCCGUAAACGGUGACAGCAGUCCAUAUAUCUUUAAAAGUGACAGAGGAGGGAGGUGAAUUUAAGUAGCCAGAAUUCCGCAUCCUUCGUCGGGCUGCGUCGGAGCGUCCCACCGGAGGAACUUAACGUUACGCACAUUGUUGCGGUCCCUGUGUAAAAAGCAGCAGCAGCAGCCUUCCCUUUGGACUUCGAUGUCAAGUCUGACGUUUUCUGAACUUGACGGGCGCGCGUUUGUUGUGUGAAGGACUCUUCUGCGACGUGAGAAAAAGUUCUAGCUUUCUUCACAUGAAAGCUUCAACUCUAUUGCCUCCGGUUAUACGGAACUUCAAACAAGGAGGUGAAGAAGGAUAUUUGAAAUCUCUGUUACGCAAAGGACGAUUUCUCUGAAACCACAUGUCAUCUUUAACGCGGUGAAGCGAAGACGAGUCAGGUUGGUGGUUUUGAAUGCACGAGUCUCAAGUUUCUGACGCCCUGGCCAGUGAUAUUAACGCGUGAAUUUGACCUGGGAUAAGUUGUCAACAAGAGGCAAACUGGCAGGUGUAUAAGUACAUUUACAUGCAUGGGCAUACUUAUAUCUCGCUGCACUAUAAAUAGAAGCUCGUGCUUAUGUAUUAAACGCUGGGCACUCAUCUUCAGUCGUUUUCAUCGCAAUCCCAGCGAAACCCACGCGUGUCGCUUUGGCUGUUAGGGUUGGUGUCGUCGCAUGGACUAACAUGGCCACCGAUCUCGCCAUGAGCGCAGAUUUGCCCAACAGCCCCCUGGCUAUAGAAUAUGUCAACGACUUCGACCUCAUGAAGUUUGAAGUCAAGAAAGAGCCUCCCGAGGCCGAACGCUAUUGCCACCGCCUGCCCCCGGGCUCGCUAUCCUCCACCCCAAUCAGCACACCCUGCUCCUCGGUGCCUUCCUCGCCCAGUUUCUGUGCCCCCAGUCCCGGAUCGCAGCCUGUGCAGAACCUCGGAAAUGGCGUCAGCAACAACAACAACAACAACCACCAAGGCUCCUCGGGCAAACCUCAGCUGGAAGAUCUCUACUGGAUUCCCAACUACCAGCAUCACAUCAGUCCAGAGGCCCUCAACCUGACGCCCGAGGACGCGGUGGAAGCGCUCAUCGGUAACGCGCACCACCACCACCAUCACCACCAGCCAUACGAGGGAUAUCGCGGUCAGCAGUACGUCGGAGAAGACCUCUCAGCGGCCACGAACGGGCACCACCACCCGAUGCACCACCACCAACAUCACCACCACGGCCACCACGCGCACGCGCGCAUCGAGGACCGCUUCUCGGACGAGCAGCUGGUGAGCAUGACGGUGCGCGAGCUCAACCGGCAACUGAGAGGCUUCAGCAAAGAAGAGGUGAUCCGUCUCAAGCAGAAACGGCGAACCUUGAAGAACCGCGGGUAUGCGCAGUCGUGCCGCUACAAGCGCGUGCAGCAGCGCCACAUGCUCGAGAGCGAAAAGUGCACGCUGCAGAGCCAGGUGGAGCAACUCAAGCAAGACGUGGCGCGUCUGAUCAAAGAGCGGGACCUGUACAAGGAGAAGUACGAGAAGCUCGCGAGCCGAACCUUUAACGGCGGAGGCGGCACCACUCGGGACCCGUCCAACGGCACUCACGGCAAAACCACUUCCACGGAAUUCUUCAUGUGAGAGUGAUUCUUCUUAAAGACUUCUUCCGCACCAACGUAUUCGUUUUUUAAAACCUUAAUUUUUAUGAUUUUCAGUGUGAAUUUUAUUUGCAGUUCUUAAAUACUCAGUGUCCACUUUAGAACAUACACUCUUGAAAAUAAAGGUCUGAUGCCAUAUAGGGAACU